AUGAACCUGCACUUCACCAGGACCGCGUCCAACUCCGCCUUCCUGCCCCGCUCGGUCGCCGACUCCAUUCCCUUCUCCUCCGCCAAGAUGUCCGACAUACUGAGCCUCCUCUCCGUCGAACCCCACUCAGAGAAAGCGGCGGCCAUUGAGAAGACCCUGCACAGGUGCGAGGAGCCGGCCGUGGCUGGCGAGACCAGAUUCUGCGCCACCUCACUGGAAUCCAUGGUCGACUUCACCACCGCCAGCCUCGGCUCUCGCGACCUCGUGGCGCUGUCCACUGAGGUCAGCAAGGCGGACUCGCCGAAGCAGACUUACGUCAUAGCGCCCUCCGGCGUGCAGAAGCUCGCCGGCGGCAAGGCCGUAGCCUGCCACGCUCAGUCGUACGCGUACGCCGUGUUCUACUGCCACGCCACGCGCGCAACCAAGUCCUACGUGGUGUCUCUCGUGGGGAAGGACGGGACCCAGGUGGAGGCUGCGGUGGUGUGCCACACCGACACGUCCAGCUGGAACCCAAAGCACAUCGCCUUCCAGCUGCUGAAGGUGAGCCCGGGGACGGCCCCGGUGUGCCACUUCCUGCCGCAGGACCACGUCGUCUGGACCCGUCGCACCUAG